CAGUAUCGUUGAAGUACAUGGCCUAGUUACAAAUUUUCUUGCAUUUUCUCAUUUCUUAAUGCAGGAAAUGACCGACUGUCGUAAAAUUGCUUUCAAAUUCUCUCUCGCUUUCUCUUCUACACGAUGUGCUCAGUGAAUGACGCUGAAGAUGAGCUGAUUCCAAGGGGUAUCGGAAAACCUGAAAGCAUCAAAUUUUGUAUGAAGUGUCAAAAUGAUGCUGUUAUUCUUGUCAGAGCUAGGGAUCCUCUUUGCAGAUCAUGCUUCAUGAAUUAUUUUGUGCACAAAUUUAGAGCAACACUAGGGAAGUCAAAGGCAGUUCGUCAAGGAGAAAAGGUUUUGGUAGCAUUUUCAGGUGGUCCAUCAUCUUGUUGUUUGCUACACCUUAUCAAGGAGGGCUUAAGUGAAGGUGCUCAUAAAAAACUACGUUUUGUGCCAGAAAUUUUAUUUAUAAACGAGGGUGCAACCUUAGGCUGGAGUGCAGAGAAAAUAGAAGAAGUAAAUAAUGAUGUGAAAAUCUUUGCAAGCAAGCUUGGAUUUAGUAUUGAUAUUGUUGCUCUAGAGCAGUUGUACUCAAGUAACGUAGAGAAUCAAAGUAGCAGUGAAAACAAUGAAAAGAUUUCUGAUGAAGACGAUCUUGGUACGUGUUGCGGUUCUGGUGGCUGCAAAGUGGAUACGAAUGCAUCAGAAUCAGAAGCAAGUGCUACCACUCAGCUUGUAAGAUCUUUUGCGGCCUUAAAGUCAUUGACAGCAAAACAAGACUUCGUUUUUUCGCUGAGGAAUAAUCUUCUUCGCGAUUAUGCAAAAGUUAAACAAUGCACAAAGAUAAUUGUUGCAGAAACGUCGACUCGACUGUCAAUAAAGCUUCUUCUUAAUAUAAGUCAUGGUCGUGGAGGAUCUUUGCCCUUAGAUGUUGGUGUCAGUGACUCACGAGAUGGCCAGGUGGCGGCGAUACGACCAAUGAGAGAACUGACUUCAAAAGAGGUUGCUUUCUACAAUCGAAUGCAAAGUGUUGAACCAGUGGUAACUGAAUCCAUGGACACAAUGGCGGCUGAUAAUGCAAGUUUACAAAAACAGACGGAAGCUUUUGUAACUAACUUACAGGCAAGCUUUCCAUCAACCGUCAGCACAGUGUUUCGAACUGGUGACAAACUGAGCAUAAAUGAUGAACUUAUGUCUACUGAUGAAAACUGUAUUAUGUGCAAGGCACCCUUGGCGGAAGUAAAAUCUUCUGUAUCACAAGUAACAAAAGCCACUGAAGAAAUGGAGUUGCAAGGUUGUUGUGGCAAAGGAGAUGGUAGCUGUCAAAGGUCAUCGAAAGAAAUGCCACGGAUAACCAAAGAAGAUGUAAUUGCAAGGCUGUGUUAUGGCUGCCGUUUGACUUUCAAAGAUAUGGGAAAUGAUACGUCACAUCUGCCUCCAUUCGUUUUACAAGAAUUCGAGAGAGCUUCAAGAAGGUCACGUAUGAAGGAUUCAAUACAAGAAUUUCUUAUCGAUUAGGCCAAUUAGAAACAGCAAUCUGAUAUCAUUAAAGAUGUAGAAAGGAACAUUAAACCAGCAUGUUUAUAUCUAUCCUCUCAAUUUUUUUUUUCAAACCGAGGCACGGUCUGAAUUCAGUGGAGGCAAAGGGCUUCUAUAAUUGUUGUAACAAUACAUUAAGCUUUGUUUGUCUGCCCACAGUAUUCAACAUUAAGUACUGGGUUAGAGCAUAGUAAGGCUAUGGUUGUAUAAGAAAGACACAGAAAACAUAAAAUUUCUCUUAACAUGUCUAUAUCGAUGAUGUCAAUGAUAUUCCACUCCAUGUAAUGAAUAUUUUAUCUGGUUGACUUACGUAUAGCAAUAAUGAAUUUUUAAUGAUGUUAGAGUUUUGAGUGAUACUGCAAAUGUUUUUUCGCUCUUUUUCGAACUCUUGUGUCCAUUUUGUCAAGUAAGCAUUUCUAUCAAUACCAGCCCAUCCAACAUGAUAGCUCUGUGCCUAGGUCAGGGUCUACAUAUCCAAGGGUCUUUUGCUCGAGUCUCUGAUAGGACGUAGCUUUCACUUUGAGUGAUGUGAGUCGCCAGCUCUCUGUGAUUGGACACGCGGAAUCACGCGGGCCACGGAUUAAUGAUGAUAGCUUUUCAGUGUCCUAAAGCUACCCUCGGAAGCUAACUAUAAACAAGCACAAAUAUAAUACACCGUGCAGAAAUAUUUAUCUAAAUUUGUUUUUAACAAAGUUUCGUGAAUAAUAGCUUACGUGGCUGUUGGUUUCAAAUUCUACAAGUAGCAUUUCAAUUGUCUUUUUGCAAAAAAUUUUCCGGAUAGUAAUUUUAGCCCGGUAUUUAGUGUCGCACUUUCAAUAAAACGCCUACAAUCCAGACUGGAUUCGGUUCACUAUUCGCUGUGUGAAAUUCUGUAUGGCUUUUGUCGGAGUUUCAAUCUUGGACGCCCUCUGUUUGGCAUGGUGGUUCUGGCCUGAUCGAACUUGGCUUAAUAGCAGUUUGUUACAAAAGAACUUGUAGGUAAGCGUUUUAAAAUUCUGAUUGCUUUUUGCUGCUUUUGGUGAGUUUAAAUGUUGUGUAAUGUGUAUAAGUUGAGUUUCAUGAGGCAUACUAAGGCCAACACUGACCCGCGCCCUGCAAUGUCCCUGCUUAUUGUAAAAGGAAAAACUACCUUGUCAACGGCUGUUGCCUCUGGUAUUAAGUAAAUAAUAUCAUGGUAUAUGGCUUUUGAAAACACUGUUGAAUCCUGCUGUUUAAAACUAAGAGUCUUCUCCCUUAUGAGAAACGUUCCUUUCCCGUGAAGAGCACUUUAUUUCUACGAUUGCGUGAACAAAAUUAAUAUAUUUAUUUUGGUAGCAAGAGUAUACGAACUUUUAAAUAUUUAGUAUUCUAGUCAAGAAUAUCGCUACAUUCACGUCUUUGACUAGUUGGUGGUCUAUUUUGCAUUACAAGAGCCUACUACUGUCACUUAAUCAUAUGCUCAUUCUUUUGCCUUUUUGUUCUAGUGCCACAAAAAUGUAUAUACUACAAAAGAUUGGAUAGGAAUUUGAUGAAAAGUUGCUUUCAGGUGAGUUACUGAUUAUUACGUGUUCGUAUUAGUAAGUUUAUGCUUUAGCAAGAUGGCUGUUUAAAGUUUUUUAUCAUUUUUGAUGUCAGCUAAUGGCCCAUAUAAGACAACUGGAUGAACGACGUGCAAAAGGAUCUGUUUGAGUGUGGUGCAUCGCAUGAGACGGCUGGCUAAAAUGGAACAAACAGAGAAGAUGGGACUUACAAAUAAUUUGAGGGGAAGAAAGACGUUGAAUAGUUGUCAAAUGACUCCGUUUUCAUUGCAGAGCAGAUGAACGCAAAGCCAAAACGGAUAGAUUGUGCCAGGUUUUAAUACGGAACAAUGCGAACAGGCCCUAAUAACCUUUUGACCAUUUGGGAUAAAAGUAUCUGUACGUUAUUUGGAGGUUUCCAUUCCCUAAAUGUGUCCGUUAAUUCGGAGUCCAAUUUCAUCUGAUAGAUUCAGAAAGUAAUACUUUUUAACAUAAAAAGCUGCAUAACAUAUUCGUCAUAUCAUUUUACAAUUCAUAAAACGAGUUUAUUAUAAUGCAUUCAAUAUUAAGACAGCGCAAUUAAAUUAUUGAUCAAAUAUUUACAGUAAUAUUGAAGCAUUGUGAAUAUUUUCCAAAUGUAUUGACUAAGAAAAUAGAAAAAAAUUCAUGCUUGAAAUUAUUAUUCAAAGCAAUAACCAUAAUCCCAAUGUUUUACUCAAUUCUUAAGUGAUUGUCGAAAUCGAAAUUUUUUAAUCAACCGGCAGGGAAGUAAUGUUUUAUUGCCAAUUAUAAAAUGUUUCUAAUGAAAGUGUAAAUAGUUCCUUUAAUUGUUCUGACAAGUGGCAGACGAAAAGGCUUUUAGCCAAUAUGUUAUAAAAUAUUUGCUUUUUUUAAGCCAUUUUCAUAAUCUCAUGAACUUUUUCGUAAUCUCAGUAUUAUUAAGAUUAACAAUUUUCAGAUUUGUCUUACUUCUUAAGGUUACGGUAAACGUUUUGAACACGAAAAUUGGUUUUUCCUUCCUAAAGGCCAAACGGCUCAAGAAAUCUGGAUAAACUAUAUAUCAUUCGAUGCACAAGAUUAUGGCGUAUCUAGCCAGAUAACAAUUAUUGGCAAAUAAUGUUAAAUGUUAUUUUCCAUGCGAAUUUACUUGUCAAAAAGUGUACCACCUUCAAAAGCUAUUAUGUACCCUUGCGUUUGAGGUAACAAAAUCUGACUUAGACCAGCAGGAAGUGCAAGUCCUAAGCUACCAAAGCGUGUCUCAGAUUUUUUAAAUUCCUCCUCUUUAUGAAACUAUACCCUGUCAAAAAUUGGCAAAUAAUUUUUCCACCCUCCCGCAGCUGUAUUUGGGUAUAAAAGACGGACCAGAGAAAAUAAAAAAAUUUUGAGACACACUUUGUUUGCCCAACGUCUGCCCUGGCCGUGUGCAAAUUUUCGAGCCAUUCGAUUGGUUCCUUGGGUACAUAAUAGCUUUUUCGUACCUGCAUGUAGAGGAAUUUCGAGUCCGGAGAAAACGGGAUUUUACUGAUCGCACUUGCAAGAUACACUCGUAAACCACAGUGUAGUCCGGGUCAAGUCACUUGAAGAUUUAAGAUCAAUAAGCCUGUUUAAAUAAACACGGCCGUACAUUGGAUAUAUGGAUGUGCCAUGCGAUAUUGUAAAUGAGACAUGCGACCACAAAAGCAAAGCAACGAUUAUCGGCUUAACAGGUCAAGAGAUUUUCAGGCCUCAACUAAAAGUUUUGAUAAAGAAAUUAUGGAAACCUUCGGUUACAUGGGAUUUUUUCCACUUUCAAAAUUUCUGUUUGUUUCAAAUUUGGUAUCAUUGUGUGCCUUGAAAGUUCGGCUACUUGAAUGUGAAAAAAUCGAAAAAAUGAUGUUUUCAUCAAGAAAACGUUUACCGUAACCUUAAUAAAAAUUCGAUGUUUUGAAGUUUUUUUAUUAUAUAAAAGCGACUAAAGUUGGUAUUCGUUUCAAAUUUUAAAAUUUCAAAAUUAUAAGAACAACACUCAAUGUUGUCCUUUAAAAUAUUUACAGUUUUUAGUAAUUAUUAGACUUCAGAUGUGCUAUUGUAUAAUUCGUUUGAAAAUCCUAACGAAAUGUUCUCUUCAUUGUAUUCCAUCUCAAAUGGAGAUUUGAUACCAUCAUCCAAAAUUUCAUCCCAUUCUGUACGUCUUUUGAAAGUUCGAGCUGUAAACGAGUAAGUAAAUUUAUCAAAGCAGGAAGUGAAUUGAAAGACUAGUAACCUCGACGUAGCGCUACAACACUUGAAACGUUGCCGAUAGCACUCCUUGCAUGACUACAGUUGUACUCUGGAAAACCAGAUGAAAUUGUACAUAUUAAUGCGAUACAAUCAACUAUACAGGCAGUUUUUCUCAUUAAAAAUAUAAUUUGUCAACCGAAAAUGCUGCCUGCACACCACAAUCAAUUCAGAACUUCGCCUUGAAUGAUCUCAUUCACUUUGGUUAUCGUUCUAGCCCAAAAGAUCUGUCAGCCUACAGCCACUUAGAUACAAAAAAUAAAGACUUUGUACAAGAAAUGAAUAUUUGGCACAACGUUUCGAGCAUAACUCUUCAGCCACUUAGCAAUAAAGUUUCGAAAUGUGACGUCAUCAGAAAAGCUAUCUUUAAAAUUUCCUUUUAGAGUACACAAGUUGAAUAAACAUCAUAACAGAGCAGAAUCAUGCUAUACAUUUUGUAAACGCUUUUAGAUAGAGCAAGUGAAAUUACUGGCUUUAUUUGAUCACUGACGUUUUGGUCUGGUUAAUAGAUUCUCAAACCUGAAUCAAAUCACAAGUAUUUGAUUGGGGGAGGUAUCUGUGUUCAUGUGCCAAUAGUCAAUUUGUAGACAUUCAACUCACAUAGCAUAUUAAAAACUAUUUUAUAAUGCUCAUUCAGAAUUAUUUGGUGUUGGUUCACAAAUUGUAAAUAUUCAUUUACACGUCACAGUUUUGUCUUGGUCACUGUCAAAUCUCAAUUGAAACUCAUCUGAGCAGUAAAAUUAUAUGUAAAAACUGCCUAUCUAUACUUACCUCUUUUCACAAAAAAGAGAACCACAACAAUGAUUAAAACCAACGCAAUAAAACCGCCUGCGGAUGUAGCAAUUACAGUAGCAUUGCUUGUUGCUGCAAAAGGAAUUUGCAAUUAGGUUAAUAUAGAAGUUUUUAAAUUUCAGAGAGGUGGACUUGUCAAGGCGAACCAAAUAAUUUCGAACUAAAUUUGGUCUGAAAUUUGGUGAAUAUUAAGUUGUAACCCUUGUCUCAGUUAUCCAAAGCCCAUUUUAUUUUGCAUGCUGAGGCCAGUGUUAGCUGCGAACGAAACAUUCCGAGUAAAAUAAAAUUUGAGAAAAAUCAACACUGUAUUCAAAAUUUUUCGGAAUCUAUCACAUUUAUUUCUCAUCUAUCUACGGUGCUAAAGCUUACUGGAUUGUCUUUUAAAUGCACGCCAUAUAUUUUCAUUUAGUAUAAUGAUAAGUGUUUUCAACCUACCCUUCCCAGACUUAGAUUUGCCCAUUGCACGACACAAAACGCUAACACGUUCACUGCAUCUGCUUCUGUAGCAAACUGCUAUUUCUGCAUCGACGAUCUCGUCUGUUUUGAAUACUUUUGACUGAGUCUCUCCCUUCUGCUUUUCUACCAAAAAUGUCUUUCUUGUUUUUCCAAAGUUGAUAGUUACGUUUGUAGUAACUUUAGAGUCAUCUUCAAAAUUGCUUGGAAUCUUUUUUGGCAAAAACAAGAAAAGCAACUUUUAGACCCGUUUGCUUUUAUAUUUCAUUUUUCUAAAAUUACUAGAGUCCUAACGGACAGAAGGAGUUCGUUUUUGCCUAAGAACUCAAUUGGUAACAUUUUCUUUAGGCAAGCGGUACUGAUUGGGCAAUCUCGCCUAUUUCGAUCCACAACUGGGUCUAUAUAUUUUUCAGCUUAGUGUUUUCAUCUAUGUCCUGACAUUUUAUACGCUGAAGAGUGUCAGACGAUCUUUAUUAGGCUACUGUCGAUUAUGAUCAGAUAAUGACACAAUUAUUGUGAAUUUCUUUUCCAGAUCAAUAAUAACUUAUGAAUUUACCUUCCACGUUAUACUUAGAUAUGUCCCUGUACUAUUUGAGAGCUGCGAGCAUCCCUGGUCUUUGGCCGAUGCAAUUUUCCUCUCUAUAAAUGAUUCAAAUGAUUGAAAAAUUAAUGAUAUUUCUGAUUACCGAGCUAUCAAUGAAUGAUCUAUGCCGUAAUAGACAGAUCUAUACUUCGGUGCAAGUAUCGCGGAGCAUAUUACAGAUUGAGGAGGCUAAAGAGUGUUUUAGAGGGGGGGGGGGGCUAAACAUGCUAAAAACCAAGAGCAGGACGAUUUUGGUAUGGUUUUGUGUACAUUUUGGAAAUUAUUAGGGGGGGGGGCUAAAGCUCCCGUUGUGCCCCGUUUCCGCGGUCCCUUUUGUAAAGGAAAGGACAGUUCUAUGUUGUAACUCCGAUUUUGAUGCUUUUUGAAUUCAUAUUAAGUCAGCAAGAAAACCGACUAUAGACAUGCAUAAGUAAAAUUGGUAAAAUUAAGCUUUUAGAAAUAAAGUUCUUUAGAAAAAGUGAUAUUUAGUUUUUUGUCGUUUAACUAAGUCGUAUAUAGUUUGAUGCAACCUAAAAACUUUUUUUUGAUUUCAGGAAAGCGUAUACUAACGUGGACGGCAUUGGAAAGAUAAUUGAAAGCAACAAUUCUAGAUAUCACAUCCAAAUUGUUCUAUUGAUGUGAAAAUCGCAUUAAAAGAGAAAGCAAUACGACAUCACUGUUUGGUAAGAGGUAUUUAAAAAAAAUUUGCAUUAUAUUCCGGGUUGUCCCUUGAAAUAAUUUGCAAAUUGAACGAUAUUAUCCACGAUGUUCUGCGCUCUCAAUAUUUUAUCUCUCGCAGAAUUCGAUAUUUUUUCUUUCUUGAUAAUCUUAAUGGCGACUGAUAUAAUGAUAGCUUGUUUACCUGAAUGUACUUUUGUAGCAACUGUCGUUACAACUGAGGAAGUAGAUGCUGUCUUUCCAGAACUAGUCGAAGAGCUUGCUGGAUUUUUUUUUGUUGAGACCAUUCUCGAUGGUUUUGAAGUCGUAGGGCUUUGGCCAGUUGAUGUUUUGGUGCUAGUUGCUGUGGUACUUGACGUUUGGUGACGUUUUGUACUGGUGCUAACACCCUUGGAAGUGCUGUUGGUGCUCUGCAUUGUAGAUGACGUAGUUGGUGUGGUAUUAGAAGAUGUUUUGGUUCUAGUUGAUGUUUUGGUGCUAGUUGCUGUGGUACUUGACGUUUGGUGACGUUUUGUACUGGUGCUAACACCCUUGGAAGUGCUGUUGGUGCUCUGCAUUGUAGAUGACGUAGUUGGUGUGGUAUUAGAAGAUGUUUUGGUUCUAGUUGAUGUUUUGGUGCUAGUUGCUGUGGUACUUGACCUUUGGUGACGUUUUGUACUGUUGCUAACACCCUUGGAAGUGCUGUUGGUGCUCUGCAUUGUAGAUGACGUAGUUGGUGUGGUAUUAGAAGAUGUUUUGGUUCUAGUUGAUGUUUUGGUGCUAGUUGCUGUGGUACUUGACGUUUGGUGACGUUUUGUACUGUUGCUAACACCCUUGGAAGUGAUGCUGGUGCUCUGCAUUGUAGAUGACACAAUUGGUGUGGUAACCGUCAUUCCCGUAUUAGGAGUAGACGUGACAUUGUUACUGGUAGUUGGUAUUGUAGAGCAUGCACCUUCUAUGAAUUUGAAAUCGUCAAUCGCUAUACCUCCCUUAAAGCCGCUGCCUGGUUCUCCUUCAAUGGAGAGC